AUGGAAGGCCGUAUACCAGCUAAAAUCCAAAGUUACGGAGAGAAAUAUUACCCACCUUGUGAACUACAACCUGGCUUUGAUCCAAAUAUUACUCAAAGAAAAUUAGGAUGUGGUCCUGAAGUUGUUGGAAAUGUCCAGGCAUUAGGAGUUGUCGCUGAUAGCGUUAUCAUAGGUCAAAUAGUUUCUGGAGCAGCUCCCCAAGAGUCCUCAAGUAGAUUGCGGUUAAUUGUUGGAAGAGAGGCUGGGAAAUGCAUCGAAGCGCACUCACCUCCGGCCCCGUGCUUUCAUCCUCGGGUUUAG